UAUGCCAUGACAAAAUUAUUAAUUUCUGGAUUUUGCUGCGAGAUUUUAAUAAGUAAGAUGGCCGACUGUUUAGGACGAAUUCUUAUUUAUUAACGAAUCUUUUCCAUUUCGACAAGUUUAUACUCAAUAUUGGAUUUUUUCAAGUUAUUAGUUUAAAGUUGUAAGUUGGUGAUCCCUGCUUGGAGAACCACAGACUGGCGAAUAUACAAGGUGAAAUAAGGGUGGGUCCUAGCCACCAGGCCCGCCUGCCAGAAUAUCAUCCAAAUGUGCCUCCAAAUGAAAUGCCAGAAAAAUGUGAAAAUUUUGAAGAAUUAUGUUGGACACCUGGUAUACCAGAUUGUGAUUUGAUGAUGUAUCUCCGUGCUGCCAGGAGUAUGGCAGCAUUUGCUGGUAUGUGUGAUGGAGGUUCAGCAGAAGAUGGUUAUUUAGCAGCAUCAAGAGAUGAUACAACAAUAAAUGCUUUAGAUUUACUACAUACAAGCAGCUACGAUACUGGCCAAGCUCUUCAAGCUCUUGUGAAGAAUCCAAUUCCCCCCGGAAUAGACAAAAAGUGGACAGAAGAAGAACAAAAACGAUUUGUAAAAGGACUUCGACAAUUUGGAAAAAAUUUUUUCAGAAUUCGCAAAGAAUUGCUACCACAUAAGGAAACAUCUGAUUUGAUUGAAUUUUAUUACCUGUGGAAAAAAACUCCUGCUGCUGCAACUUCUCGGCCACACCGACGGCAUCGACGGCAAAAUGCUUUACGCAGAAUCAGACAACCUAAUCGUUCAAAUAGACAAACAUCAAAUGAUUAUACAAGUAUUUUGAAAACCCCAAUUGAAGUUAGUUCUGGUAGCGAAGAAGAAGAAUCAGAUGACUCAGACUCUAGGGAUGUUUCAACAUAUUCCUGCCAUUAUUGUUAUACAACAGCUUCUAAGGAAUGGCAUCACAUGGGAAAAGAAAAUGCUCUUCUCUGCACAGAAUGCCACUCUUUUCAUAAGAAGUUAGAAAAUAUAUGUCCUCCAGUUGAAUUGCAAGAUUCAACUAGUUUUAUGUUUAAAUCAGUUGAAGAAGAAUUGAUGAGUAAUUCAGUCACUAAUCAACACACUAUGCAAACUAGAAGAAAUAAAGAGCAAAACCAAAACCACAAAUUGAAUAAUCUGUCUUCGGAUGAUAUGAAUUCAGAUAAUGUUGAAGCACAUGUUUCGAAAAUAGAAAGGAAGACUCCUGAUGUGGUGAAUAAUUAUAAUAUAAGCAGCAUGGAUAAAGACAAAGAGAAAAAGAAAUUAGAUAGUCCAACAAAAACUAAAAAACAGGUAAAUAAUGCAUACAUAUAUCAUCCAGAAAAUAGUGAUGAAAAAAAUAACAAGAAGAAGAGAGAGAUUGGUGAUAGAUCCACAAGCCCUUCAGAAUCUGUUACUACUGAAAGUAGCAGAGGAUCACAUGAAGAAAUUGGUAAUGAAGGAGAUAAUGAAGGGGGAGACGUUCCAAGCUCGUCAUCAUCUCCAAGCAUUUCUGUAUCCCCUCCCGUUCCAUUAUCAACAGAAGAUCCAAAUCAAAAUGAAAGUGAAGAUUUACAGCCAUCUCAACCAAUGAUAAUUGAAAAUGAAGUAACACCAUCAGUUCCUUCCAAAGAAAUAUGUAAUUUAUCUAACAUAAUUAAGUUAGAAAAAGAUAUUUCAAAUACAGAUCAACAGUCUCUGUCUUCAACCAGUGAUUUCAUAGAAGACAAAUUUGGUAUUCCCAGAAUCAAAGUCAAAGAGGAAUUCACAUCUAGUAUGUCAUAUUCAAAUGAAGAUUUGUCUCAAGAUCUACCAAUGAAUGUGCAAUCAGAAUCUGAUAUUAAUUCUACCAAACAAAGUAAUCAUCAAACUGGUUCAGAUAUGUCAUUCUCACAUACAUCUCGUUCUCCUAUAGUGGAAUCAAAUCUUGGGCUUCCAGGGCCAUCACCUCAAAAUAUUAAAGUUGAGCCAUUUGAUGUAUGUAAUCUUAUAGAUACAUCAUCUUCUGAACAGCAAUUUACAACAAAAACAGAUGAAAAUGCAGUAAUACUUCCCAAUAUAGCAAGUUCAUUAACAACAAAUAUUACUCCACCUCCAAUUCCUGCAACUACUUACCCAUCAAACCAAUCUAUCACUCCAACUUCAGAAUCAUCUAUCAUUCAUGAAAAACAUAAAAUGUCACCUCCAGUUACAACUAUUGGGAUGAAUUCUCAGACCUCAACAUUUUCUUAUUCAUCAUAUUAUCAUUCACAAUUAUUUCCAAACAAUACUUUGCCAUUACACAUGGGAUAUUCUCCACAACAUUCAGUACAUCCUUCUAGUAACAUUGGAAAGUCAUCACCAGUUAAUUCUCCUAACCAUCAACCUCAUCCAAAUUCAUUUGCACCUCAAAAUUGUUCAUCGGGAAAUACUAAUCUCUCACAGAUUCACAUGAUGAAUUCUCAGAUUUGUCAAAAUUCCAGUUCUGUGUCUACUGCUUUGUAUCCUCCAUCAACGGAACCAUCUCGUGAGAGAAACAGAUCAGUUGUCUCACUUCAAGAUUCUGCUACUGUAAUAACAGAUGAUGACAAUCAUGAUCCCAUUGUCAGUCAUAGUCCAGAACCAAAAUUAGAUAAUGUUGAAUGUCAUCGCAGUCAAUCUGCUAUAUUUCUUCGACAUUGGAAUCGUGGAUGCUAUAAUUCAUGUGCUCGAACUGAUCUUACGUUCAAACCAGUACCAGACUCAAAACUUGCUAGAAAGCAAGAACAAGCCCGAAAAGUUGCAGAAAGGGAAAAAGAAGAAAAGAAAUUUCCUUCUAGCAAAGCAUUUUGUUCAGAUGGAAAAUUAAAUCAACACAUGAUUGACAUUUCACCACUUAAUGCGUACGAAAGACAUUCAGUACGAGUAUAUUCAGAUACACCUGCUCUAAGACAGUUAAGUGAAUAUGCUAGACCACAUGGAGGUUUUUCACCUACUUAUCAUCGUCCUUCUGUCUCUUCCAACAAUAAUUUAUCAUUAGGAAUGCCUACUCACAAUAUGGAUCCUAUGUUGCAUUAUCAGUUUACAUCAGGAUUGUGUGGACCAUCAACCAGAGAAAGAUUAGAAAUAGAAAUGGAAAGAGAAAAGAGGGAACGGGACUUCCAAGAUAAAUUGAAAGUUGAGAUGGAAUUAAAAUCACGUCUCCAGUCUGGAUCAUCACAUGUGAACACUAUGGAUCCACACUGGUUAGAACUACAGAGACGAUACACUGCAUCUCAAAAUGGCAUGGGUCCAUCUAUGGCAAAUGCCAGUUCAUCUGUGAUCAUUCCAUCUUCUCCUUUUGCAAUUUAUCACCAGACAGGAGAAAGAGAGAGGAUAGGCUUGUCGGCAGGAACCGAAAUGGAUCGACUGACUGCAGAACGAAUGGCACUAUCUAAUGAUCCCCUACUUAGAUUGCAAAUAGCCAGUCUUCCACCUGAAAUGCAAGUUCAUGCUGCCCACACUCAUGCUCAUACUCACGCACAUGCUCAUACCCACCUCCAUCUACAUCCUCAUGAUCCUGUUUCUGCAGCAGCAGCAGCAGCUGCUGCUGCUAUGGGUAUGCCUUCUCACUCUCAAGUAGAUCCUUCUUUAAAUUCAAAUUCUUCAGUUCCACAUCAUCUCCUUCCUUCCAGUAGUUAUCCAUCUUCUUCAAGGCCCACACUUGUACCUCGUCCAGAAUUGUUACAUCCAGCUACAGCAAUGAUUCGGCCUCAUUACGAAGAGGCUUUUGCCCAUCAGGUUGUUCAUCACGAACAAUUGCAUCGCCAUUUAUUACUGGAAAGAGAACGAUACGUUCAAAUAGGAGCACCGAUGCUUCAUCCCCAGUUGUUACCACAACACGAAGAAUUUUUACGUAGUCAGCAUCAACAACGGGAACGGGAAAUCAAACUGAGAACUCUGGAGGAAGCAGCCCGAGGAGGGCGUCCACCUCUGAAUUAACAAGAUUUGUCAGGAAAUCUAUGCAAAUACAGUGAAUAUAUAAAUUUUCGUAGCGACAUUGUUAAAAUGUCUUAGUUGCUAUUUAUAUUUGUUGUAUUUUUGUUAGAAAUACAGUGUUUCAAUGUAUAUUUGUUUAAUAGAUAGCAAGUGAUAACAAUGUAAAUAAUAAUUGGCAGAAACAAAAUAUAGUUUUUACCAUUUGUAAGAACAGAAUUUCUUAUUUUAAAAAGUCAUUCAGAAUAGAAGUUUAUCGUGCUUCCAAAUUUAUGCAUACAAAAAACAUAUCAGUACUCUCCUCCUUAAUUUACAAUUCUACAUGAACAAAAUUAUAUAGUAUUCUUGUAUGUUAGUUUUAUUAUUUUAAUAUCCUACAUUUACAACAUACUACGAUGACAAAAAAUUUUCUGCUCUUAUUCAAUUUUAAUACCAAAAGAAACAGCAAUCUGACAUUUUUAUAUUUAUUUUGUAUCAGAUGACAAUAAAAUUUAUGUACAAAUUUUUAACUAUUUCAGAUUAAAAGGUUCAAAUUUCAA